AUGAGUGCUAGCUUUAAUCUAAUGAAAUGCCAUUCAUUUUGUAAUCCGAGAUUGCAAGAACUUUCCAUCAUAGACCUUUUCUCGAUAUUUUGCCGUCCGAAAAAGAACACACAAGAUCAUAAUUUCCUGUACGAAAGGCCUUUCCUGUCGACAAUUGCAAGAAAGCCGUACACAAUUACUAAACAAAGGGAAAGAUGGUCAGAAGAAGAGCAUGAAAGAUUUCUCGAGGCGUUGAAACUUUACGGUCGAAAAUGGAGGAAAAUCGAAGAGCAUGUAGGUACGAAAACAGCCGUGCAAAUUAGAAGUCACGCGCAGAAGUUUUUCUCCAAGGUUGACAAUUCAAUUGAAAUACCGCCACCUAGGCCUAAGAAAAAGCCCACGAACCCUUACCCUCGCAAGACGGUUUCGAUUAUCGAGAAACCGAAAUCGAUGGUGUCAGCAGAUUCGUCUGUUUUCGAACAGGAGAACCGGUCUCCUACAUCUGUAUUGUCUGCUUCAGAUUCUGUUCAUAAUGAAGAUGUCGUUCCUCCGAAACUAGAUAUUGUUCAAGAGGGUCCAAAAGAAGAAUUAGCCGCCAAUAUCCAAUGCUUGAAGCUCUUCGGUAAGACAUUAUUAGUCACGCCCGAUUUCUCAAACGGAAAUGUACCGAUAAAUGCCUGUAAUAAUAAUAAUAAUAAUAUUGGAAAUGACUUUUUUAACCCUCACACGAUGAGUGACGGUACAAACCAAAUUAUGUAUAGUAGUACUUGUUCUCUGGUUCCUAUGCCUUGGUUGACAUUUUAUGAUGCGGGGCCGCUUUCGACUCGAGAAUUGCAUAACCCGAAACCGGUCAAAGCCCAACCGAACGAGGGUUCAUCUUCGAGUGGUUCGAAUAUAGAUUAGUUGGUGGAUUAUCAGAGAAGAGAGAGAAAUUAGGUAAGAGAAUUUCAGCAGAUAGUGAAAAGGGGUUUGUGCCGUACAGAAGAUGCUCGCAAGAGCAGGGGGAACAGCGGAUUCGAGUUUGUAGCUGAAAUGCUGAUUCUUGUGUCUUAAUUUAACUUUCGAGAUUCGUUUCGCUCUGUAACUGUCGGUUUCUUUUCUAUUACAAGAAGUUGUAUAGUGUUUGUUGAGUGCAGUUUGGUUAAGUGAUCGACACGGCCUCGGGUCUUA